CCAGGGUCGCCAGAUAUAGGUUUUCUGCGGCAUAGAAUAUAUGGCCAUUCUAAAGAAUGGCGGGAACUUUGUAUCAAACACUAGACACUUUUAUAUUAAUUUCGAGUAUAAGACGUGCCUGAAUUUUGGAGGCAGUUUUUCUAUACGGUAAUAAAUGACUAAUAUUUCGUAUUCCAUCGUUCGUCCGAAGUACACAGCUUCACGCCAGACUGUUCAGAAUACAGUACAUGAAAUGAGUAGUCAUAUAAGAACGGUAUUCGCUUUAGCCACGCGCAAAAUAACAAGGUAGAUGUGCUGUUUUGGAGCCGCUUGUCGGACUGAUGCCUUGUUUAUAGCCUGUAGACGACUAAGCACGCACGCAGUCUGGGAAAUACAUGCCGGUUACCCUCCCUCAUACAGCGAGAUUCUUAUUAACGCUUAAAAGUAUCCAACGCUGAGAAGUAAUUUAAUGUAAGACGCAUGGGGCCUAAAAUAUCGGGAAAUACCUCAAAAGUGGUUGAACAUGUGACGUCAACAGAUGACGUACAUCGCUACACGUGCAGCAGUUGAGCCCGUCGGUCUGCCGCACUUGAUCAUCGCAACCGAAGGCUAGCAUUCAUGUAGGCGCGUCUCUGGGCCCACGUGUGUGACUUGAGUGCGUGGAUCGCGGGGUUCGUGUCUUGCGUCUGGCAGGUAGUAUUUUUUUUGCAUUAGAAAGUUAUGUGUUUACAUUGAUAUAAGUAUUAUUAUUUUAUUUACCACUCUCGCUGUCCGCUGGUUUAUUGCAAAGUACAGUACAACAAAAACCCACCGUGUACGUCACAAGUAAAAGAGUACAAGCUUCCGAAUUGUGUAUUUAUCUGAAGAUGACCUACGUUUUCUUUACUGCGUAAAGUCUGUAAACAAAAACAAAGAGGUACAAAAGGAAAGAAACAAUGAAACAAAAUAAAAACAGCUUUUGAUUGGUUACAACGAGGACAAUAAUUUUGUAGCUUCUACUUUUACUACAGUUCAUAUUUCGAAAGGUAUUCGAAAUCUGCGCCGUUUGUUCGAAUGCAAUUAUUGUAUCGCUGUGAUCCCUUCACACCCACCCCCAACCGCUGCACAUGCGACGAGAUGCACCUGCUGGUGACGUCUCAUUGCCAUUUCUCAUCCAUAUUUUGGCUGUUCCAGACAUUUACGACUCUACCUGUCUUAAAUUACUACAUCACAUUUGGUUUUUUAAACGACGUUAAUAAGAAUCAGCCGGUGUCGUCACUCUACUCUCUACAUAACAGUGGCGUCAUCAGCUGGCGCCACUACGAACGACAAGCGUUUUGAGUUUCCACAUUAAUAAUGUAGCUGUAUAUGGGCGGAAGAAAAAAGCGUUAAUCGUGCAAUUUUGGUACAUACGCUCGUAGAACAAAUAGAUUUUCCACUGUAUCAAACAGGCUUGAUACAAUGGAGCGAACAUUUAAAACUGAAAUGUAUGCUUCUUUGUCUUUGAAGUAAGGCAAUAGAUAGGAAGACGAAUUGGAAAUUUUCAAGAACUUGGAGCCAGCUAGUAAGGUUUUCUCUUUUACGCGUAUAUUGUGGCGUCAUGAUGUCUAUGUCAUUGGUGACAAUGACGCAGCUCCUUCAGCGGUAUAAAGAAAGCGGCCGUAGCCUAUCAAGAAAGAGGCACCGUGGAAAUCCACAACACUCUGCAACCAGACGCCAUGUAUGUAAGAAGGCAAUAUGGCUCCACUGACUCUUUACAACUUUCACGUGAGCCCUCCAUGUCGCCUUGUGCGACUAAUUGCUGUUGUAAUCGGUGUUGAUCUCAGGAUAGAGGAUGUAAUGAAUGUGUUUAAGGAUAUGAAGACGCCUGAAAUGUUGAAGAAAAAUCCCCAACACACAGUUCCUGUAUUGGUAGAUAAUGACCUGUACAUUAGUGAAAGCCGUGCCAUUGUCAUGUACCUCGUCUCAAAGUAUGCGAAGGAUGAUUCUCUGUACCCGAAGGAUGUAAACAAACGUGUUCUCGUCGACCAGAGGUUAUUUUUUGAUCAAGACUUGUUCAACAGAAUUUUGAAUGUUUUCAUGCCAGUAUUUCAAGGCAAAGAAGUGGAACCCAGCAGCAUUGAGAAAGCGAACGACGGUCUGGAAACUUUGAACCGAAUGUUGGACAGCAAACAGUUUCUGGCAGGUGAUAAGGUUACUAUUGCUGACUACGCCGUCGCUAAUAGUCUGUUGGCAUUGGAGUUAAACCCAAAGAGUGGAGUUGAUGCUUCGAAGCAACCUAACGUUAAGCAAUGGCUUCCACGUGUGGAAAGUUCUCACCCAGUAUACGGGAAGAUCGUCAAAGAAUAUCAUGAAGCCCUGAAGAAAAUGAUGCAGAAGUAAAUGCAUUUAAUAUGUACUCGUAUUGUAUAUGUGUGAAAAUAGUAAAAGUGUCAAGACUUCUAGUCAAAUAAAGUCAUUAUUUUAUUAA